AUGGAGGACGAAGACUCCUUUAAGAACAGACUGCUGAAGCGCAACAUCGACAUAUGGAUAGAAAAGUACCGCCCGGAGACACUAGACGAUGUGGUGGGAAACCCCUUCGUCAUAAACACGCUCAAGAGCAUCAUCGUGUCAGGGAAUAUGCCCAACCUCCUGCUAGCUGGUGCCCCUGGGACUGGAAAAACGACGAGCAUUCUCUGCUUGGCGAGUGAAAUGUUGGGGGCGCAGGCGAAGAAAGCCGUCCUGGAAUUGAACGCCUCAGACGACAGAGGAAUUAAUGUAAUUAGAGACAGAAUAAAAAGUUUCGCAAAGGAAAUAAUAAGUUUGCCCCCCGGAAAACACAAAAUUAUUAUACUAGACGAAGUGGACUCCAUGACCACAGCUGCACAACAGUCAUUAAGAAGAAUCAUGGAGCUAUACUCGGACACCACUAGAUUUGCUUUAGCUUGCAAUCAGUCUGAGAAGAUAAUUGACGCGCUUCAAAGCAGAUGUGCUAUUAUACGUUACUUUAAAUUAUCAGAUGAUCAGGUGUUGAAGCGAAUUGUAAAAAUAUGCCAAAUGGAAAACAUAAAGUACACAGACGAUGGGUUGGAAACCCUCACCUUUAUAGCAGAUGGCGACUUAAGGAAGGCAGUCAAUUGUCUUCAGUCAACAUAUGCUGGCUUAGAAGUUAUAAACAAAGAAAAUGUCUUAAACAUUUGUGAUAUUCCUUCUCCUGAAAGAAUUGAGAAUUUACUAAAGUUUUGUAUUAACAGUGAGUGGAAAAAGGCACAUGACAUUGCGUAUGACAUGAUAAAGGAAGGACACACCCCUUUCGAUGUUGCUCUUACGUCUUCAAAUGUGUUGAGGAGAUACGACUUGGGCUCUGAGGCUGUUCAAAUUGAAUUCUUAAAAAUUGGUGCCAUGGCUUGUAACACCAUGGCCAGUGGUCUGGCCAGCGUUAUUCAGCUCGAUAAGCUGCUCGCCGACUGGUGCAUAGCAGCCAAGGCCUUCCGCACCAAGUGCUAG